AUGAAAGUGUCUGCGUUGAUCGGCUCUAUUGCCUUGGGCCUGUUGCCCGGCACCUUUGCUGCUCCUCCCAAUGGCUUCGAUACCGAUGACCUUGCCCUUGAAGUCGCCCGCCGUGCGCUUCCCAAUGCCCCCGAUGGAUAUACCCCGGCCAACGUCAGCUGCCCGGCUUCACGGCCGACGGUGCGCAGCGCCGCCCACCUUUCGCCCAACGAGACCUCCUGGCUCGAUACUCGUCGCAGCAAGUCCCUGGCCGCGAUGAAGGAUUUCUUCGGUCAUGUCAAGGUCGGCGAUUUCGAUGUCACUUCAUAUCUGAACCAGCACUCUAGCAACUCGUCGAGUCUGCCGAAUAUCGCCAUUGCUGUUUCGGGUGGCGGAUACCGCGCGCUGAUGAACGGCGCCGGUGCUAUCAAGGCGUUUGACAGUCGAACGGAAAAUGCCACUACCAGCGGUCACCUGGGUGGUCUGCUUCAGUCUUCGACCUACGUUGCUGGUCUCUCUGGAGGUAGCUGGCUCGUUGGAUCCAUUUAUAUCAACAACUUCACCACCAUUGAUGCGCUGCAGCGUGGUAGUACUUGGCAGUUUUCGAACUCCAUUCUCGAAGGCCCUCCUACUGGAGGUAUCCAAAUUUUGAAGUCGGCUAGCUACUACACAGACCUCGCUGAAGCCGUGAAUGGCAAGCAGGAUGCUGGUUUCGACACUUCUAUUACUGAUAUUUGGGGCCGUGCGCUAGGCUACCAGAUGUUCAAUGCUAGCAAUGGAGGCCUUGCCUAUACCUGGUCAUCCAUUGCCGAGACUUCCGCGUUCAACGACGGAAACUAUCCCAUGCCUCUGGUCGUUGCGGAUGGCCGUAACCCUGGCCAGCUGAUCGUGGGUAGCAACUCCACUGUGUAUGAAUUCAACCCGUGGGAGUUUGGUACCUUUGACCCGACCAUUUACGGCUUCGUUCCUUUGGAGUAUCUCGGCUCCCGUUUCGUGGGUGGUUCGCUCCCCAGCAACGAGACCUGCGUCCGUGGCUUUGAUAACGCUGGAUUCAUCAUUGGAACUUCUUCUACCUUGUUCAACCAGUUCCUGCUGCAGCUCAACACCACCUCGCUCCCCAGCUUCGUGAAGAACAUAUUCGCCCACAUCCUCUACAAGUUGGACAAGUCGGACGACGACAUCGCCGCAUAUGAUCCUAACCCUUUUUACCACUACAACAACCACUCCUCCCCGUACGCUCAGCAGACCGAGCUGGACGUCGUCGACGGCGGCGAGGACCUGCAGAAUAUCCCCUUGCACCCGCUUAUCCAGCCCGAGCGCGCAGUCGAUGUCAUCUUCGCCAUCGACUCCUCGGCCGACACCACAUACUCCUGGCCCAACGGCACCUCCCUGGUAGCCACCUACGAGCGUAGCCUGAAUAGCAGCGGCAUCGGCAACGGCACCGUCUUCCCCUCCAUCCCGGACCAGAACACCUUCGUCAACCUGGGCCUGAACACCCGUCCGACAUUCUUCGGCUGCGACAGCUCCAAUCUAACCGGCCCCGCCCCUAUCGUCGUCUACAUCCCCAACUACCCCUACUCCGCCUACUCUAACGUCUCAACUUUCACCCUCAGCUAUAAGGACUCUCAGCGCGACGACAUCAUCCUCAACGGCUACGAAGUUGCCACCAUGGCUAACUCCACCCGCGAUGGCAACUGGACCGCCUGUGUCGGCUGCGCUAUCCUUAGCCGCUCCUUUGAGCGCACCAAAACCACCCUCCCAGAUAUCUGCACUCAAUGCUUCACCAAUUACUGCUGGAAUGGUACUGUCAACAGUACCGCGCCGGGUGCGUUCGAGCCUGUUACCCUGCUGGCCGAUAGCGAUAGCGGUGCUUCCGCUAUUGUGCCCACUGUGCUUUCUACCGCUGCGGCUGUGUCUGUGGCGCUCUUGACUAUGAUAUAG